AUGUCAUUUUUAUCAAAGAAACGGUGGCAUGUUGGUAAUUAUAAAAACAGAUUAAAAGUCGAAUUAGCAGAACAAGAAGCUAAAGAGAAAGAAGAAAAAGAAAAAAAACGUUUAAAAGAAAUAAACGAACAAAAAGAAGUUUUAGAGUCAAUAGAAAAAGAGUUAGGGAAAGAGAAAGCAAUUGAAGUAGCACGACAAAUCCAAACUUCAUUUGUUUAUGAACCACCUCCUGGGUACUCAGUUUUUAUUGAACAAACAACAGAACAAAAAGAAAAAAAAAGAGAAGAAGAAAAACCAAAAAGAAAUAAUAAUUUUAAAGAUUUUAAGAAAAAAUUAAAAGAAGAUCCAAUAAAAAGGUGUGGAGAGAAAGACAUUGAGCAACUACUAAUAUAA